UGGGAAUGCCGUCAUUCCCACCCCUCGCUGGGCACCUCGUGCUCCCUCUGCUGGGGACACUUACCUCACUGGUCCACCCUUCAAAUCUGAGCUCAGGUUGCGGCUCCUCCAGGAAGCCUUCCUUGACUACCCCGCCCCUCCCGUCACUACCCGGGGGUCGUGGCCUCUUUUAUGUGAAUUUAUAAUCCUCGGUGCUUCCCUCUGUCACCCCCGGCCCCCACACCUCGCAUAAAAUACCGCAGGCGCGGAAUAAACACGUGUUGAACGACUGGACUCCAAAGCUCCGAAGGAGGCACCGUGUCCGGCAGUACGUCUGGAGGGUCCUUCCCACAGAGAGAAAGCGGGUGCAAAGGAAAGGAGGCGCAGAGGGGCCUGAGCCUCCAGGAGACGAGUUAGCCACGGGGACGAGCGACCAUCGAGACGAUCGACCUCCGAGAGUCCUAGAGAGGAAACGGAAGGGACCCCCUUCCUUACGCACCUGUCUGACAGUGUCCGCAGCCCACUUCCGGUCCGCCGAGGGCGCGGGCCAGCCCGGCGCGCGUGCGGGGCAGCGGGAUGAGCACACCGUCGCACCCAAGCCACCAGCAAGUCUAUUGGUUUUACCUCCAAAAUAUAUGUUAACUUUGCUUCUUUGCCACCACCCUGAUCUAAGCCCCUGUCAUCUUCUGCUUGGACAGCUACCCUCCGUCUUCUGGGAGGAAGUGUGAAGAUGCUUAAAGAGCAUCCAGGGAUGGCGGAGGAGCCUCAGCAGCAGAUGAGUGUUCCUGUGGUAAAACUGGAGAAGGAGUUGCCGUGGGGCAGGGGAAGGGAGGACCCUAGUCCUGAGACUUUUCGUCUGAGGUUUCGGCAGUUCCGCUACCAGGAGGCAGCUGGUCCCCAGGAAGCCCUCAGGGAACUCCAGGAGCUCUGUCGCCAGUGGCUGAGGCCCGAGCUGCACACCAAGGAGCAGAUCCUGGAGCUGCUGGUGCUGGAGCAGUUCCUGACCAUCCUGCCCCGGGAGUUCUACGCCUGGAUUCGGGAGCACGGCCCGGAGAGUGGCAAGGCCCUGGUGGCCAUGGUGGAGGAUUUCACGGAGAGAGCAUUGGAGGCCAAGGCGGUUCCGUGCCAUGUGCAAGGAGAGCAAGAGGAGACAGCACUCUGCAGAGGCCCUUGGGAACCAGGUGUCCAGCUGGGGCCAGUGGAGGUCAAGCCUGAGUGGGGAAUGCCCCAUGGGGAAGGAGUUCAAGGUCUCAACCAAGGCACCGAGGAGCAGCUCAGUCAGGACCCUGGAGAUGGAACACGGGCCUUCCAGGAGCAGGCUUUGCCAAUUCUUCAGGCUGGUCCUGGCCUCCCCCCAGUGAACACCAGAGAGCAAGAGAUGGCAGCUGGGUUCCUUACAGCUGGAUCCCAGGGGUUGGGCCCAUUUAAGGAUAUGGCCCUGGCCUUCCCCGAGGAGGAGUGGAGGCACAUGACCCCAGCCCAGAUAGACUGUUUUGGGGAAUAUGUGGAACCGCAGGACUGCAGGGUCUCACCUCCAGGCAUUGGGAGCAAGGAAAAGGAGGUGAAAACCCAGCAGGCAGACCUCAAGGGGGCGCUUGCUCGGGUGACGUCAGAGAGGUUUGGGGAAGCCUCUCUCCAGAGCCCUGAGCUUGGAAGAACGUGUGAGCAGGAGCCCGCUAGCUCUGUGGGAAACGUGCCAGGGCCGCCGCCUCCCCAGCAUGGCGUCAUACCCCUGCCUGAUGACCUCAAGACCCACAGCUCCUUCUGGAAGCCUUUUCAGUGCCCCGAGUGUGGAAAAGGCUUCAGUCGGAGCUCAAAUCUUGUCAGACACCAGCGGACCCAUGAAGAAGAGAAGUCCUAUGGCUGCGUCGAGUGUGGGAAAGGGUUCACUCUGAGAGAGUACCUCAUGAAGCACCAGAGAACCCACCUGGGAAAGAGACCGUAUGUGUGCAGCGAGUGCUGGAAGACCUUCAGUCAGAGGCACCACCUGGAGGUCCACCAGAGGAGUCACACAGGGGAGAAGCCCUAUAAGUGUGGUGACUGCUGGAAAAGCUUCAGCCGGAGACAGCACCUUCAGGUGCAUCGGAGAACUCACACUGGGGAAAAGCCCUACACUUGCGAGUGUGGCAAGAGCUUCAGCAGGAAUGCUAACCUGGCUGUGCACCGGCGAGCCCACACCGGGGAGAAGCCGUAUGGGUGCCAGGUGUGCGGGAAACGGUUCAGUAAAGGGGAGCGGCUGGUCAGACACCAGAGGAUCCACACUGGGGAGAAGCCCUACCACUGCCCUGCCUGUGGGAGGAGCUUCAACCAGAGGUCCAUCCUCAAUCGGCACCAGAAAACUCAGCAUCGCCAGGAGGCCCCGGUGCAGUAAGGGCGCCCUGUGGAACUGCUCCUUUUUUGCUAAUGGAAGGUGUGGAGAAGGCAGGACCUUCCAGGACCCCAAGGUGGAGGAAGACCUCAUUGGAGGAUGCAUUCAUCUUUAUUCACUGAGGGACUUUGGGGGGUUGUUGAGGAGUGAUGGGGUGCAGAAAGGCCUUUUGACCUGUUUUCUUUCCACUCAUUCUCCAACAGGAAAAGGGCAAGGCCUGGUGUAUUCUGAGUUUCCAGAGAGCACAGCUCCUCACGUCUCUUAUCCAAGUGGUGCUAACAGCUUUUCUUACCAUCUUUUGGGGAGACAGUAUCCUGAGUUUCAGCUCAGGCUGAGGUUUUUCUCCUUCAGUGGGAUGUUCAUAUCCACCUCUUGAGCACGUCUGGUAAUCAAGGCCAAGUUUGGUCCCAUGUUGGCAGCUUGAACCUCAUUUUCCUGAGGGCUGUAUCCUGCCUGCAAGAUCGUUAGCUCAGACUCUGUCUGCCUUCCUCCCCCUACUCUUUUGCGUUUAACAAAUAUUUAUUGAACACCUACUGUACGCCUGGUCUGGGAAUACAGUGGUGAACGAGACAGACGAGACCUGGUUCUCCCAGAACCUGUGCUGUGGAACUGGAAGCACAUGAAACCCUUAAGAACUGAGAGUCACUCUAAGUUAUGUCUGUGGUGAGUGCCAUGUGAGGGCAUAUCCUCGAGCUCGCUUGUUCUGCCCUGCCUGCUUGAGUGCUGGAUCUUCCCUCCCCAGUUUGGAUCGCUCAGGCAGCCUUGUUUACUUUACUUUAUUUGUAGCCCCCUUGUCUCUGUAACAUUCUACGCUCAUCUGUAAAGUUUCCCUAUCCCAUUAUUCCUUGUACUAUAACAACUGUCCCCACAUCUAUUAGGAAAUUAAUAUUUUGCUAUUGAUCACUGAAUAAAUGUGAGAGUAUUUUAAAAAACA